AUGCUUAGCGAUGGCAGAAUCAAUCAGACAACGGCGCUUACACGGCAGUACGUUUACAUUAAAGAAAUUUUCGAUUCCAGAAAAAAAUAAAGUAAUGUUAGAACUAAUGAAAUCAGAUAGAAAAAACUUAAAAAAUCAGAUAACGCUUUCGCAAUUUUGCAACAAACAGAAUUUCUGUGCCAAUCAGCUGAUAUAAAAAAUCUUGACAACGAGAUCGUCUCUUUUCUUUCUUGUCGAUAGUUACAUUCCGUCAUUUGGCAUAUCGUUUUUCAUAGAUUUUCCACCGAAAUUCGGGAUGUCGACGUGGGAAGUCGUCGUCAAUGGAUAUCGACAUUGCGCUACCUGAAAUUAAACUAGACAUUUUUUCGAAUCUAUUAUCUUUUUUUAUAAUAUACAGUAAAAAAAUUCAUUUUGAAACGGGGAUAACCGUGGAGUUCAACCUGCGGGGCUUUCUUUUCGACAUUUGUAUAACCUGCUUACUCUGAUUGUAAUUACUAUGUUGCUUCAGCGCCCUAUCCGAGCAGGAUAUUACCGACCUAAACCUGGAUUCGGUCGUUUCCAAGGACCGAUCGUUGCGACUGCCGGAGAGAUUUGGUGGGAUGGAAGUUCAGUGGUCAGGUAAGGCUGGGUUCACUGUAUGAUCUUUUGCUGGAAUGUUUGACAUUUUUUGUUUUAGAAUUACGCCAAAACGCGAGUUCUUUAGAAAGGGAGAUCGAUGAACUUCUUGGUUUGUUAAAUGGUGUAUUGCCAAAAGAUGGUAAGUCAUUCUUGUCGAAUAUUGUUUAUUUUUAGGUCGUUUACGCAACGAUGCGAGCUAUUUGGCUGCUCAGAGAAGCCAAUUUGAGAAAGUUUCGGCUGAUUUAGACUCUCGAACAUCCAGGUUACAAGAUAUCAAUGAAAGAGUAGGUAUACCUUUUCGGUUAUCUAUCUUAUUUUAGAUGAAUGCUUAUCUUAGUGAAUAUGAGAGAAACGGGCAUUACGAUCAAUCGAUGAGGUCGUUGUACUUUAGACAUCGGGAAAUGUUUCGGUCCUAUUGCCAAGAACUCAGCCGAAGUCAGAGCAACAUCUCCAAUGAGCUCAAACGGUACCUAAAGAUUGAUUUUAAAAAUUGUUUCUAGGGCUGAACUUCUUUGUGGAUCUACAGCAACUCAAUCUGAAGGCUCAGCUUUAAGCAAUCGAGCGAAGACUUCGGAUUAUUUACUAAGAGAAAACGAUCGGAUCAAUAGUUGUGAUAGACUGCUGGAUGAUCAGAUUAGUAUUGCCAUUGGGAUUAAGGACAGCGUACAAAAUCAGAAACUCAAUAUGAAUGAUAUCAGUAGGAAAUUGCAUCUUCUCGGGAGUGGGUUUUGCAUAUUUUAAUUUUCAUGCUUAAAAUUACAAAAUAAAAUGUUAUCUGAUUUUAGAGAAAUACCCCGCUCUAGGAUCACUGAUGACCAAAAUACGAGCCAAAAAGCGGAAAGACACAAUAAUCUUGGCCGGUGUGAUAACAACUUGUCUGAUAUUUAUCUUCUUUUACCUGAACCAUUAA